AUGAGGGCCGUGUUCCUGGGUGAGAGGAGCCCGGCCACUCGCGUCUCCGGCCUGACGGGUGUUUAUCACAACGCAGCAGCACCGGCCCGACCCAAUGGCAAUGGGAACGGGUACUUUGCUUCGCACAUCAACAACAAUGGCCAGCUCUGCACGCCGCCUGACGAGUCCCCGCUGGGAAGCGGCCGAGCCGUCGGUGGUGGCAUGCCUCUGGGCUGUGCCGACGUCGCCGCCUGGCUUGAGAUCUGGGACUACGCCGGCGGAGCGUCCUUCCGCGCAUUCAUAGCGGAGGACCCCUCCGCGCCAGGCGAAAAGGCCCUGUUCGCUUUCUUCGACCAGGGCGUGGUCGGCCGCGAUCUCAAGCAGGCGCUCGUGGCGCUCAUCGAGCUGGCUGAGACGCCGCUCGGCUGCUCGCAGCUGGUCAUUUGCAUCGACCGGGCCAUCGUCGACGAGGAAGCCCAGUCGCUGACAAAGGGCCUGCAGUGGGCGGGCUUCUCGCUCACCACCCUGGACCACUGGGUUCCCCGUGGAUUGGACGUGACCAGUGACAGCUGGCUUUUCAUGGGCAUGGAGGUUUAA